AUGCGCUUUCUGGGUGCCUGGUGUUCGUGGAAGGGCGCGUUGGUCGCGCUCCUCCUUUCUAAUAGCGCAAAUGCGAUUACCCUGGAUAUCAGUGAUGAACAAUCCAUCAAAGAUGCCGCUAGUAUCAGUGCCUAUGCCAUGAUGACCUACUAUAAAGGCAACGAAACAGGUCAUAUUCCCGGAGCCUUUGCCAGUAAAUGGUGGGAGGGAUCUGCUCUUUUCAUGGCCCUACUCCAGUAUUGGCACUUCACAGGUGACACUACCUAUAAUGAUGAACUGCGAGUGGGAUUAGAGUGGCAAGCAGGUGAUGGUGACUAUAUGCCGUCGAACUAUAGUAGCUACCUAGGAAAUGAUGAUCAAAUGUUCUGGGGUCUUGCUGCUAUCACCGCUGCCGAACUCGCCUUUGCAGACGCUAGUUCUGGGUACUCUUGGCUUUCACUUGCUCAAGGUGUCUUCAACACCCAGAUCAAGCGAUGGGACACGACCACCUGCAGCGGUGGAAUGCGUUGGCAGAUUUGGUGGUGGGAAUCUGGUUACGAAAUGAAGAACUCCAUUGCCAACGGUGGCUUGUUUCAGCUAGCUGCACGCCUGUAUCGUUACACAGGAACGGAACUUUAUGGUGAAUGGGCUCGGAAGAUCUGGGAUUGGUCGACUACCACACCGCUCCUUAGUAACUCGACCUGGAAUGUUGCCGACUCGACACAGAUGGACGAUGGCUGUACAAGUCAGGGAAAUACCCAGUGGUCAUAUAAUUAUGGCACGUAUCUAAUGGGUGCCGCCUAUAUGUACAAUAUUACAAACGGCACUGAGCAAACCGCUUGGGAAACAAGAGUCAAUGGCUUAUUAACAAGAACAUUGAAUAAGUUCGCACCAGCUAGCAACGGCGGAAUUCUAGAAGAAAUCGUCUGUGAACCAUCAGAGCAAUGCAACAACAAUGAAGUCCUUUUCAAAGGCCUCGUCUCUUCCUGGCUAUCUUUCACCGCAAUGCUAGUUCCAUCGACCUGGGAUACCAUCUUACCGAAGCUACAAACCUCCGCUUCAGCUGCCGCUCUGUCUUGCACCGGGCACGACAAUAAUACCUGUGGUGUCCGCUGGUAUCUAUCGAAAUACGACGGUUAUAUGACCAUGGAGCAAGAAAUCAGUGCAACAAAUGUCUUUGUUGCCAAUUUGAUCGCUUUCGAAAAAAGCGCCCCUGUCACAUCGACAACGGGCGGAAAUAGUACCAGCGAUGUUACGGCUGGUGAUAAUGAUACAGCUGCUACAGCGACUGAAACAUCUUCAACAAUUACUUCUGGCAGUCGAGCUGGUGCUGGGAUUUUAACAGUAGUUCUCGUCAGCGGCUGGGUUGCCAUCAUGGGCUGGGUUGUUUGCGGAGGCUGA